GAGCCGGGACCGCCCCUGGCUCCCACCCCCGGAGCCCACAGCGCCCGCCCGCCCGCGGCCGCCCGGGAGCUCGUCCAGCCCCGCGCUGCGCUCGCCCGCCCGCUGCCCGCCGGAGCACCGCGGCCGCCGCCCGCGUCCAUCUGCCCGCCGCCCGCGCCUGUCCCGCCGCCCGCGUCCGCGCCGGCCCCACCGCUCUGCGUCCGGGUAUUAAUCAGCAGAGAAACUCAGGAGACACAGACAAGUUCUUCCACGAUGUCGUACAGACGAGAACUAGAGAAAUACCGUGACCUGGAUGAAGAUGAAAUCCUUGGAGCCCUAACAGAGGAAGAGCUCAGGACCCUGGAAAAUGAGCUGGAUGAGCUGGACCCUGAUAAUGCACUGCUGCCUGCAGGCCUGAGGCAGAAGGAUCAGACCACCAAGGCGCCCACGGGCCCCUUUAAAAGAGAGGAGCUCUUGGAUCACUUGGAAAAGCAAGCAAAGGAGUUUAAGGACCGAGAAGAUCUGGUCCCCUACACAGGGGAAAAACGAGGAAAGGUCUGGGUUCCUAAGCAGAAGCCAUUGGAUCCUGUGCUGGAAAGUGUGACGCUGGAACCGGAGCUGGAGGAAGCCUUGGCAAAUGCUUCGGAUGCAGAACUCUGUGACAUUGCAGCGAUCCUGGGCAUGCACACGCUCAUGAGUAACCAGCAGUACUACCAGGCCCUGAGCAGCAGCUCCAUCAUGAACAAGGAGGGGCUCAACAGCGUGAUUAAACCCACACAAUACAAGCCUGUGCCCGACGAAGAACCAAAUUCAACAGACGUAGAGGAAACGCUGGAACGGAUAAAGAACAAUGACCCAAAACUUGAAGAAGUUAACCUGAAUAAUAUCCGGAAUAUCCCCAUCCCCACCCUCAAGGCAUAUGCAGAAGCCCUGAAAGAAAACUCAUAUGUGAAGAAGUUCAGCAUCGUGGGGACACGGAGUAAUGACCCCGUGGCGUAUGCCCUUGCUGAGAUGCUCAAGGAGAACAAGGUGUUGAAGACACUGAAUGUGGAAUCCAACUUCAUUUCUGGAGCUGGGAUUCUGCGCCUGGUAGAAGCCCUCCCAUAUAACACUUCUCUGGUGGAACUGAAAAUUGACAACCAGGUGAGAUGGGCAAGGGUCUCCUCAGGUCUGUUACUACAUGCAGCUCACUGGCCUGCAGUUUUUCCCAUGCUGCUGGAUGGAGCUGAGAACGCUGAUGAUAGAAGCUCAGAGCCCAGCUUUGAGGGACCUCCAAGGUCCCCAAAGUUCACACCCUCUACCAUGCUCACCUUCCUUCUUCAUUGCUCCCACUAUGUGCUCUUCCAGUUCUGCUUGAGUCCCUCUCAUGAUGAGGGACACACUCCUUACCAACAUCACCACUUCCAUUCUUAGGCAAUGAGAACAUUCUUCCUUAUAUCUGGUAGAAGUCAGCUCCCUGUAAGUCCUGUUUGUUGGGCUUAGCUCUGUUCUCUGCUUCAUCCAGGACAUCUGUUGCACAGAUCUCAUGAACCACUAAGCUCUCCUUCUCCAGGUUAAAAUUCCCAAUUUUCUCCAUUCACCCCCAUUCAAUGGGGCUUUUGAAUUUCCUCACCAUUAACAUUACUCUCUAGGCAAAUUCUAGUUUGUCUUUAUUCUUAUGGAGUUACUGUUUCUCUGUAACUUCUCUGGGUCAAUCAUUUUAUCUGUGGGGCAACUCUUUCAGCUCUGACUUUCUAAGAGGAUGCUAAUAACAUCUUAUAUGUUACAAGUGUUGAGAGUCUACUGUGGACCAGGCUCUGAGCUACACAUCUUACAUCCAUCAUCUUUGAUCUUCACAACAACCCUACAGAAUGUGGGUAUCAUCAGUCUCAGUUUUCAGAAAACAAUCCAGACAAGCCAAAGAUAAGCCCCUUUUUCAGGGCCAUAGGGUCAGCAUUUAGGAAGCAGGAUUUGAAUGCAGGCCUCCUUGAUUCUAAAACUCUCACUUAUUCCACUGCAGCAUGUUGCUUUUGAUGUUAAAAUGCUUUCUUUUUUUAUGAAUGGGGACUCAGUUGUUUUUUUCCACUACAUGAAAAUUUUUGCCGACUCAGUUGUUUUUUUCCACUACAUGAAAAUUUUUGCCGAAUGGUUGUAUAAAUGUAUGCAUGGGAAAAGGAUUGGAAUGAAAUAUUACAAAAUUCUGAACAAUGGUUAUACCUGAGUGAGACUAUCACAAGUUUUUAACUUUUUUAUUGUAAAAUAUGGCAAACAUACAGAAAAGUGCAUAAAACUUAAAUGCAUAGCUUAAGGAAUCAUAACAGGCAUGUAACCCAUGUCCAGGUCAAGAAACGAAAACAUUACCAACCUACAGAAGACUUUGACUGUCCGUUCCCAACCAUAGCCUUUUCAAAACCAUUCACAACAUGCUCCCCACUCACUUUCAUGCCUCCAUGCCUUUCCCUCCUCAUGGAAUGUCCUCCCCUGCCUCUACCCUCUUCUCUGCCUUCUGGGUUUAGUUGAAGCUUCACUUUAUCUUAGUGGUGUUCUAGAGACAGCUUGAACCAGCUUGCAAGAGCUGAUUGUGGAUAUCUCUUCCUGAGACCGGUGAUGGCACAUUGGUACCUUGAAUUGCUCAUGGUAGGUGGGAGUAUUUACACUAUGGAAAUUGGCAAAUUGGCACACCAUGCAUCAGGGCUUUUUUUUUUUCUUGGAGAGCCAGGUUACUACUGUCUUCUCCCACUAGUCUGCCAUAGCUCCUCCAAACCUCUGCCCAAAGAGAGUUAGAUACCUCUUCCUCUGGGCUCCCCCAGCACCUUGGCUUCCCUUGAGCUUCCCAGAAGCUGGUGCUAUGUCUGAGGCAUCUCCUUAUCUCAGUGCCCAGCUCAAGACCUGGCCCUUCAGGGGUGCCUGGUAAGUAAGAUUGCCCUGGAUGAUCAUGCAUAUUGUUCACAGCACAAUGAGGUAGCAGAGAGCAAAAUUCAACCUGGAAUCUACUCUGCAAGCUGUGUGCCUCAGUAUGGGGCUUUGUUCAUGCAGAGAGGGCACUUUUUUCUAAUUUAUAUAAAGCAGUCACAUGAGCUGGUAGCAGCCGUGUCAUGUGCAUUUGCUGCAUUAGACUUCUUGCAUCUCUCGCAUGCCGGUGGUCUUGCUGCUGCCUCGCUCAUUCUCAGGCCCUCCACACCCCUACCCCUUCUGCACCCUCCCUUAGCCAUUGCUGACUCUGCUCCAUUGGAGGCAAGAGGGGCAGAGCAGAUGGAACAAAGGCAUGCAGCAGGCUUGGCAGCAGCCCUGGGCCAGGCCCUAGGAUUGGCUACUCAUGUGAAUCCCAGCCUGGCCUGGCAGGAAGUCAGGGUCUACCCAGAGUCAGCUGAAACUUAACUCCCAGGGCAGAACGUCAGCCAAAGAGGACUGGGAGCACUGGCUUCAGGUCACUGUGGUGGCAGCUGCCAGGGAGUUGCCCCUUCCCUCCACACACUAUCCCCACAGAGUCCAAGAUGGAGCCCAUGCUAACCAUUGCCCUUACCUUAGCUGAAUACCCUGGUUCAAAAACAUUUACUUCCCUGAGCCUCAGUUUCCUGGCUUGUAAAAUGGGGAUUAUAAAAAUCUCUGCUUCUAAGGAGACAACAGAUGUAAAUUCUGAAGUUGUUAACUUUUAGAAUUAGUGGGAAGGUGAACUAAGGGAUUCACAUGCUAUUCUAAGAGUUAAUUUCCUGAGCAGGUAUCAUGCGCCAAAACCAUACUGGGUACUUUGUGUCUAUUAUCCAAUUUAAUGUUCACAAAGACUCCGUAAGUGGCGUUACAACCCAUCCCUGUAUCACAGAUGAGGAAACUGAGUGCCAGGCAGGCUAUGCAACCUGCCCAAGGCCACACAAGAAGCGAGAAGGGCAAGAUUCAAACCCAGGUCUGUGUGACUCCAGAGUCCAUGUAUAAUGCUCUGCCUGUCUGGGUUCUUGAAGCAGCUGUAGUUUCCUGUGAUGUCAGCCUGGCUUUUCUCAUCUGUCCUCUGGCCUGGGGCCUGAGCACUGGUCAGCACCACCCCCCAUCCGGUGAGCCUCUUUUUUGGUUCAUCUCGACAUUUUGAUGAAUGCUGGCUGCUUGCCAGGACUGUGCUGGGCUGUGUGCGGGACUGAGGCUCCAGGUCCGCCCUCCAGAAAUUUCCUCACUGGAUGGGAGAAAAGAUGGUUGCAGAAAUGACCAUCAUACCAGGUGCUCCAGCAGCCAGACAGUGGGCUGGGAGGUCCAUCAGAGGGAGCAGUCUUAGUCAGGAAUAGUGAUCAGGGAGGGUUGCUUGGAGGAGGCAGAUUUUGAGAUAAACCCGUAGAUGCUGGGUAGACCCUGACUUCCCACUCACAAGGUGAAAAGUAUCUCAGGUGACAUGGAGGCCAUGGCAUCCCAGGUGCAGAGAGGAGUGGGGAAAGCCAUGGAGCCCAUCCACACAGGUUCACGGUACCCCCAGAGGAAAGCCAGAAAGGGGGUUAGGAGUCAGAGAGCUUUGAAUGGGUAGGUUUAGGGAAAGUGGGCUGUGCUGUGCUCUGGGAAGAUGGUUCUGGCUGGAUGGGAGGGGAUUGGGGGCAAGGAGAGGGUAUCAGGGCCCAGGAGAUCAGCCAGGAGCUAUGGCUUCAAGGACCAGGGGGCUGUGGGGAGGUGCUCCUGCCUAACUGGAGUUGGGUCCGGCAGGGGAAGGGCUGAAGGCAGGUUUCAGGGAGGGGGCUCUGCUGACUCAGGCUCAGGAAGAGGCCACCUGUGCCUCCCCUUCAGGUGCUCCAGCCCCAGGCUUGGGGGAGGCAGGGCAGUGUGACAAAGAGGAGGUGGCCAGUGGCACUUGAUUUAUUCCUUUCUUCCUCAUUCCUGGUUAGUCACUGAGGUCCUUGGAGACGGGAGCUUUUUCCUCAGUCCUGUGCUUAUAACCUGUGGCAGCAAGUCUCUGUCCUUCUUUCUCCUUAUACGGACAGGGAAAGGGACUUGGGGAGUUCUGCCCAGGGUGACACGGAGCUGGCUCAGGACACAGUUUGGGAACCAGGACUUUGAAGCUGUUUGUUGACUCAAAUAGUCUCUCUAUCUCCAAGCAAUGUUCUGUUGCCGCCUGCAGCUGCGCCAAGACUACGGCGAAUUGGGAAAGGGCAGAGCAGGCCCCAGAGCCAGAAGGCACCGAGACAACAUCUAGUGCAGUCCUCCUUUCACAAGCGGGGAGACUGAGGAUGAGAGAAGGGAUGGGACUAGCCUGAGGCCACAGGCCAGGUUAGUGGCACAGCUGCGUUGGAGCUGCAGUAUCCUGGCUGCACUGAUGGAUGAAUGGGAGGGACCCUGUUGGCCCCGAGGGAGGCUGCAGGCCCAGCCCAGGCCAAGCAGGCCAUCUCUACACACGGCUUCUUUGCUGCUCUUACCAAACUCUCCAAACUCCCCACAGAGCUGCUCUUCCCCAGGACCCCCAGGGCACCGGGGGGCCUUGCUCCCCAGGCCAGAAAAGGCCUGGGGUGAGCCCCACAAAUGAGAAUAUGUAUAAUGUCUGGGGUAGUGGCCAGAUUCCCCACUUUUUAUUCCAAUAUUUGACAAUGAGGGUGUGCUUAAUAUUUUGAAGAGAAGUUAAAGUAGAUGGAUUGUGCUGUCUUGUUUUCCCUGAUUGGAUGAUUUGUAUCUGGCUUUUUUUACUCAACAUUGUGAGUGUAUCAGUUUUUUGUAGCUGUGUAACAAAUUAUCCCCAAAUAUAGCAACUUAGCCUCAGAAUCCUGGCAUAAAACAACAAUAAACAUGUAUUAACUCACCAUUUCUGAAGGCCAGGAAUCCAGGAGCAGUGUGGCUGGCUGACUUCGCCCAGAGCCCAUGAUCUGAGGUGGAGGAACUGCUUCCACCAAGGCUCCCUCACAGCGUGGUCAGGAGACCUCAGCACCUUACGGUGUGCACCCGGCCUAGGGCUGUUGGAGUGUCCUCACAAUAUGGCAGCUAACUUCUCCCAGAGUGAGUGAGCCAAGUCAGAGAAAAAAGAAAGCCUCAAAUGCCUUUUAUAACCCAGCUUCGGAAGUUACACAAAGUCAUUUCCGCCAUAUUCUGUUUAUUAAAAGUGAGUCACAAAGCACAACCCACACUCAAGGGGAAAGAAAUCAGACACCACCUUUUGGAGGGAGGAGGAUCAAAGAAUUUUGCAGGUAUUAAGUCACCAUAGUAAGAGUUAUCUAUAUAAUUUUGUGUCACAGGAGUUGACCAGAAAGACCUCUGUAACUGAGAGGUGACAGCAUGCUGGCAGCCCUCACAGCCCUCGCUCGCUCUCAGUGCCUCCUCGGCCUUGGCACCCACUCUGGCUGUGCUUGAGGAGCGCUUCAGCCCGCUGCUGCACUGUGGGAGCCCCUUUCUCGGCUGGCCAAGGCUGGAGCUGGCUCCCUCAGCUUGCCGGGAGGUGUGGAGGGAGAGGCGUGGGCGGGAACCGGGGCUGCGCGGUGCUUGCGGGCCAGCGCGAGUUCCAGGUGGGCGUGGGCUCAGCAGGCCCGCACUUGGAGCGGCCGGCAACCCCGCCGGCCCCAGGCAGUGAGGGGCUUAGCACCUGGGCCAGCAGCUGCUGUGCUCGACUUCUCGUGGGCCUUAGCUGCCUCCCCACAGGGCAGGGCUCGGGACCUGCAGCCUGCCAUGCCUGAGCCUCCCCCCUGACGUGGGCUCCUGCACGGCGGGAGCCUCCAUGAAGAGCGCUGCCCCCUGCUCCACGGGGCCCAGUCCCAUCGACCACCCAAGGGCUGAGGAGUGCCGGAGCACAGCGUGGGACUGGCAGGCAGCUCCACCUGCGGCCCCGGUGCAGGAUCCACUGGGUGAAGCCAGCUGGGCUCCUGAGUCUGGUGGGGACUUGGAGAAUCUUUGUGUCUAGCUAAGGGAUUGUAAAUACACCAAUCAGCACUCUGUAUCUAGCUCAAGGUUUGUAAACACACCAAUCAGCACCCUGUGUCUAGCUCAGGGUUUGUGAAUGCACCAGUCGACCCUCUGUAUCUAGCUACUCUGGUGGGGACAUGGAGAACUUUUAUGUCUAGCUAAGGGAUUGUAAAUACACCAAUCGGCACUCUG